AUGACUCCAUUUCAAUGCCCUGUUCUGGAAGGACUCGAUAGCAUCGUUUGCUGUUUUCUGGAAAACGGAUUCCAGAAGGAUCGUCUCCUUGAUCUGUGUAUCUGGAGAUGUCUACUUUUCCUUGACAGGCAAACCGACGAGCCCGGACAUAAAGCCUACGAAAACAACUACUCCUUAGGCUGCGAGCACAUUACGGCUGCUACUGGGCUUUUGAUGGUCAUGGUGCGCCUCUUGGCUUCCGGCCACAGCAUCAACUGCAAUGAUCUCAACGGUAGAACGCCAGUCGAUUAUACCGAAAAUUAUGGCAUUGCUUUGAGUAAUACGAUUUAG